AUGACUCCGGAGACUGCUCGUAAUGCCUAUGCUUCUCCGCCCCCCACCAAUCGUAAACCUCUACCUGUUCCCCCGACUCCCAAGGCGAGCGACGCUCGUAAAAGUCCUCGGUACGUUAACGACAGCCGUCACGAAACGUACUCUGCGUACAGCUCAGAAGACGAGCUCGCUGUACGUGUUAAGCGUAACAAGAGCCGAUCCGUACCGGACGUCCUCGAACUCAGUGAUUCCGACUUGCCGCCUACUAUUUCUACGCCUCGCAAGUUGGAAUUUAAGUCAACGAAGGCCGGCCAGGUGCAAGGUAGUCGUGGGAUACGGGAAGAUGAUGAGAACUCAGAUGGAGACUUGGAUGGCUUUGUCGUUCCUGAUGAUGAUACGCCUCCGCCUCGACGCCGCUCUAACAAACGCAGGCCUGUUUCCAGAUCACGCUCCCCCAUCGAGAACGGUAAUGGCGAUGCUACCAGGCCUGUCCAUGACCUUGAUGCCGGGCGUUCGGAGGGCCGCCGCAGAGCAUCUGACUCAGGUACUACGGCUGGCCAAGCCGUUGAUAUGGAACCACCAACUCGGAAGUCAGUUAUAGCCAAGACCGAAGGCGGCAAAGUCAUGGAACUCAACAUCAAAGGUCACGCACGAUCUUCCGCCGUCAAUAGCCGCGAAGCCGGUUCUUCUAGACCACUUGUCAAGGACGGUAAAUGUCGCAUUACCGACUACGAGGGCCAUGGUGGAUUCUUGGACGGCACUUUCGACAACUGUUUUGCCUAUCUGUCGGGUAAUAUCCUUCACACCCCGCAAGAGACUGGCGCCGUCAGUCUCGCCCAUCUGGACACGGUCGUGAACGGAUUUCCUCUCUUUGACAAGGAGAAUUUAUCGAUUGAUCGACUAAAGUCCGUUAUGACGAUAUCGGAAUGCGCCAACGGCAAAGUGGUUGUGGCGUCGCGUGUCAGCCCUGAAGUCCUCUCAACGUCCAAGUACACAACUGCAAACAACAAGACCGUCGUCAACCUUGUGCGUGACGGAGACGUUGUGGACGUUGUCAUAUUCGCUUUCGUUGCUGUUGAUGGGUCGUACAUGAUACGGCUCGAUGAACCUAGCGGCGAGCGUGCACCCCUCAAUCGCGCUUACCACUCUCUUAACGUCUAUCCUCUCGCUGAGGAUUACAAGCGGUCGUUGGCUUUCUUCCAUUAUAUCUUCGCGCCUGUUAACCAGAAGUGUCAAAUGUUUACUCGUGGGAACGCUUGGCAAGCCGCGUCUAUGUGGGGUGAGCGAGACAAGUAUAAAGGGAGAAAGCAGCUGCCUGAUCAUGUCCGUACCAAUGCGGGGGAAGGCUCAUCUGCUCGUGCUUCGCGCGGCGUCAACCCCGCUCUCAGUCGUAUCUCGAAGAAUUUCAUGGCGGAUAUACCCGUCUUCGACUCUCGCAAACAUUUCCUACUCUCUCACGUCGGCGAAGAUUGGAGGGACGGCUUCGAUCCGGAGAACAUCCUCACACAAGUUGACACUCCCGACGACCGCUUUACCGAGGAGAUCCCCGAUGACAGUUUGGUCGCCCUCCAUUGCAUAGUGUCAAUGCGCGGCACCGGAACCGUGUCUUUGAACUUAAUCGGCGCACAGGUUCUCGUCACUCCCCGGGGAGUCUACCACUCUGAUCUGUAG